AUGAAGUCUACACUCUUCAUCGCCGCCCUCUUCGCGGGUCUCGCGUCUGCUCAGCAGGAUAAGCUCCCUACAUGCGCUCAACCCUGUGUCGACAAGUAUACCACGGGCAAGGGCAUCGCCGGAUGUGGUCAGUUCGACUUCAAGUGCAUCUGCAGCAACGAGAGCUUCCUCGACGGUAUCGCGUGCUGUCUCGAGGGCGAGUGCGACGACAAGGGAAAGCAGGCUGCGGUCGACUACGCGAAGAAGAUUUGUUCCACCUCGGGCGUUGAUGUUCCUGAUGAGGUGGUUUGCAAGGACUCGGCCAAGGAGAGUGCGAAUACGAGCGCGAGCGCCGCGAGCGCCAGUGGUAGCAACACUGCCGCCAGCGACACCGCCAGUGGUACUGCCAGUGGUACUGCUGCGGCUACAACCGAGACCGGCACCUCGACAGAGACCAGCGGUAGCGGUGCUGCUGAGACCAGCUCCGCUGAUAGCGGCAACGGUGCUUCGCGUGGAACAGCGGCUGGACUUCUGGGUGCCGUCAUGAUGGCUCUCGCUCUGUAAGGGAUAAGCAUAUACAGAUCGAAUGGAUAUUGCUUGGGAUUGGUAGUGGAAGUUGUUUGAAGAGAGGGAACAUGUUUAACGAAAAGAAGGGGUAAUACUAUCGACGGCGACGGGAGAGUGAGCUUCUUCUUUGCAACAUCGAGUUUACAGAGCCAGUCAUGUAUACCGGAGAGACUAUACGGUUGCCGCAAGGCCACCUUUAAUUACGAAUGGAUUUACGUUGAAGACACAUGGACUUGGGUUACGUUUUGUUAUGC